UUGACUCAUUGACUGUGUCAGAUAUACUGAGAUGGAGAGAUUAUAUUAUAAAAACCUCAUUUUGGUCUUCAUUCAAUAAUUUUCCCAAAAUUUUGUGUAUAAAACAGAGUAAGUACUACGAGUAGUAUAAAAAAAAAAUAAAGAAAGCAUUAGUUAUUAUCAUAUGGAGACAAACUCUUCUUUAAUUCCUAUCCUCUCUUCAAACGCAUUAGGAAUUCGAAUUCCCCUCAUACGAAGGUUUCCUAAUGUUUCUUCUUUUUCUUACUCCGCAAUAACUUAUAAAAAAAUAUGGAGACAAACAGCAUUAGUCAAGUUUCCCAUUUCCGUCAACCAAUCAACUUCCACCACUUUAACAACCGUUACAAAUUACUCUGUAAUACAUGUACGGAGUAAAAGUCUAGGUAUGUUCUUCAAUCUCUGUUUUAUUACAAACAACUGCUCUUGUUCAGUUUAUACCUAAAACCCAGAAAUAACCUUGAUUAAUGGGUGUAAUUCCGCCAUGGUCGGACCUUCCUCCAGAACUUUUAUCCGCCAUUGCUGAAUUCUUAAUCACAAACCCAAUUGACAUCUUAAGCUUCCGAAGCGUCUGCAAAUCAUGGUGUUCUUCUUCAUCAUUUUCUUCGCCCACUCUCUCUCCUCCCCUGCCUCUCACCACCCCUUCUCCCCCCUAUCCUCUUCGCCAAAGCUCUUACUGUCUGAAUCCCGAUUUUUCCGUUCUAUCUGUCACUGUUAUCUACGCUCUUCGUCCUCCAAUUGAUGAAGAUUUUCCAUCUUGGAUGCCUAGGGUUUGGGUUCUUUUUCUCGAUCAAUCUGUUCCUGGAAAGGUCAGUAUUCGCCAACCCUUUUCUAAGAAUUCUUACUCUUUACCAAUCAAUUUUCCUCGGACCCUUAAUUUUCUUGAUUUCCAUGCUUCUGAAUUGGGUCGAUUUUAUAAUUUUAGUUAUCUUUCUAAAAAGGGUUGUAAUCUUAUUCAAGACAGCUUUCGGGUGGUUCAUAAAGUGGUUUUGUUCUCAAAUUGUAAUGGGUUGGUUGUUGCUGUUGUUCUCUCUGAAGAGGGGAAAUUGGGGUUGUUUAGGUUAGGUUCAGGGGUUAAGGUUGAGGAUGUGGGUGUGCCGACACAAUGGGAGAUUAUACAUGAUGGUAAAGGUUUUCGCUUUGAUGACAUUGUCGAAUUUAAGGGCCGGGUUUUAGGUAUUGAUCGUAGAGGGCGGGUGUAUGAUAUUGUGAUAGGUAAGGGUUCUUCUACAAAGUUGAAUGUUGUUGUUCCUCCCAUUGCUGGUGGUGGUGGAAGGCGGAAACGUGUUGUGGAAUCGUUGGGGCGCUUGCAUUUAGUUGUUCGUUGUACUGUUCGUGGGGAGAAUGAUGGUUUGUUUAAGGUUUAUGAGCUCAAUGAGGGUACCAAGAAAUGGAUUGAGGUUAAAAGUAUUGGUGAUCAGACUUUUUUCUUUGGUACUGAAUUUUCCUUUUCUGCGGCAGCUGAGUUACUCCAUGGAUCCUAUGGGAAAAAUUGCAUCCUUUUUAAACAAAAUAGUUUCGUGAAUUAUAGUAGUGGUUAUGAUGACAACUCUGAAAUGUUUAGGAAAUCAGAAUCCAGUAAACUUCGUAUUGGAGUACGGCAUUUGGAAGAUGGUUCCCAUCUUAGUUUAAUUGGAUCACACCCUGGCUAUUCUAAUCUAUUUUGGCCGCCUCCAUCUUGGAUUUGGACGAAAGACAAGUCUGAGCGUCUUGGGAACCUCUUAACUGCACUGGAUAAAUUGCAAUCAAGGAUUCCGGGAGGUGAUAAGGCCAAGUUCAAUGAGCUCGCUUUGGUGGACCAAGUGGGUGCGCUUAAACUUAUGAGAGAAGCGCUUAAAUUUAUGAAGGAAACUUUUAAGUUGAAGGAACUCCUGUAUGGUUUCAAACGAUUGCAGCAACAAAAAAAAUCCAUCAACCUGCACGAUCAAGAAGGAACAUCCACACUUGCAACUGAGGAAAGGCCUGCAUCUGCUGAUUCUGAUUGCGAUUGGUUUUCUGUAGAGACAAAUUUCAAUGCUUGUAUCCUUCAGUUUGAAGAAAACACCAGUAAUUUGGAGGAUGCCAUCAAUAAGAAAAAGUAUUGUGCGCCAGCUGAAUAGCAUACUGGUUACCUUCGCAAAUUGGUUUGAUUCACCAGGAUAAAUUGCUGUGAUGUUUAUUUUUCCUGUUAGUUUGUCUCUUGUAGAUUAACUGGGAGGCCUGAGAGGUGCCUUUUGUAACAAUUGUAAGAUUAUCAAUUUCAAUCUUGAUGAAUUGCAGGUAGGAAAGAUUUAAGUUGUGGCAACCUCCAUAUUCAUGUAGCUGACCCCAUCAUUGGGAUUAAGGCUUCGAUUGUUGUUGUAACCUUCAUCAUACUGGUUUAUUCAGGGUUAAAUGGUGAACAUGGAUUAGUGUAUCUGGCAUUCUGGCUGUAAGAAUAAUUGCUUUUGUCUUUAUGUUAAGUGUUGAAAUGUUGAAUGUCAUGUAAACUAGAAUCGCAAUAAUCUUACAUGAUUCUUUCAAAAAUUAAUGUGAUUCUCUCUCAUUAAAGCUA